AUGAAAAGUGAAUUUACUGUUUGGCUUGCACUGUUAUCAAUUAUUAGCAUUGAUCCAGCACACGGUACUGGCCACUAUGCCAUAUUAGCACCAAACGUCAUCAACUCGGGCCACCAAUAUCAAUUAUCUGUUUCAACGUUUGAUCUCAGUGACCCGCCCAAGUUGCAACUUUCAAUCAAAGGUGUUUCUGAUCAAGACAAACCUUUUAAAACAGAACAGCAAGUGCAAUUUAAAUCGAAUGAAACGAGGCUACUUGAAUUUAAUACUACGCAUUUGGAAUCCGGAGAUUACAAUUUAACGAUACGCUCCCUAUCCGGAACUGUUAUCAAUAGAACCAUCGAUCUUACCUACCGGAAAAGCAAAGAUCUAGUGCUGAUUCAAACAGAUAAACCAAUCUACAGACCGGGAAACAUAGUAAAAUUCCGUAUUCUAGUUUUGGACCAUCAAACAAGACCGCUGAGUAACCUACAGAAUAUUCGAGUUACGCUCUUCGAUCCAGAACAGAAUGAAAUCAAAGUGUGGCGAUCGGCGACCCUUCGCAAAGGAAUUUUCCAAUCCGAGCUGGAGAUCGCCAAUGAGCCGAAUGUUGGAAACUGGACCCUCACAGCAGAAGUUCGCGACGAAAGCUACUCACGAGUGUUUCCAGUUGAGGAGUACACUCUACCGAAUCACGAAAUAAGAAUCAACACUCCCAAAGUGAUCACGUUCGAUGAUAAAACUUUUACGGUGGAAAUUGAUGCUUGGUACACUUUUGGAAAACCUAUGAAAGGAGAUCUAAUCGUUAGUGUAGAAGGACUUCGAACAAGCAACGUAAUUUCUAAGAUCAACGGUCGCACAACUGUCAGUUUUGACGUGCCGACUGUACUCGCUCAGUCAGUUGAAAGAUCUCGCAAGUUCAUUCAAGUAGAUGUCAUCUUGAAGGAGAAACAUACAAAGAGAACAUUCAAUGCAACCAGUACGUUUCCUAUUUUUGAAACACUCUAUCAAAUACACAUGAAAAAAUCAUCCAAGUAUUUCAUACCGGGCAAAACGUACAUUUGUUGGAUUUCGAUCAGUAAUCAUCUCGGAGAGAUGUUAUCGUCUCAUGUGGGACAUCAAAUGAUAAUAAGUGUCGACUUUAACGGACCUAACAACUUUACUGAUACUGUUUUCUUGAAUCCAAGUCCAGCUGAUGAUGAAACAAGCUUACUUAUUCUUGAUAUUCCUUAUCAAGCUACGACUGCCGAACUAACCGUUAUUUACAAAGAAAGUAACCAGUUGUUCUUCCUCGAAAAGGAUCCGGCAAAUAGUUUACAAAUGUUCCAAGUUUCCAUACUUGACCGCAAGCCAGCGGUUGGCAAACCAAUAUCCAUACAAGUCCAAUCUGCAUCGCCACUUGGUCCGUUAGUUUAUCAAAUUUCUACAAUGCAUAAAAUCAAUCAAGUAGGAAGAAUCGAUUCACAAGGAAACACAAUGGUAACGUUCGAUAUUCCGGUGGAACCAGAAAUGAUUCCGGAACUAACCAUACAUGUCUACUCAAUCCAAAACGGAUUCCUUCUCACCGACAGUGUUUCCAUGCGGUUGCAUGCUCUGCCUAAUACGAUCGAAAUGACCGCAACAGAACAUCAAGUAAAGCCCGGUCAAAAAGUUGAAUUAACGAUUCAAUCAAAGCCCAACUCAUUAGUUGGACUGCUAGCGAUUGACAAACGAGCACUGCUGCUGAACCGAGACGGCAUACUUACACCGCAACUGGUAUUUGAACAGCUGAGUAAUACGGACGCCGAGGAAGCCGAUGAUGAUUCACAGCUCAACGACAUGAUCAUACUGAGUGACGCACAGCGCCCCAUCGCACUGACAUCCCGAUUUGGUAAUUACGACAUCGACGAAGAAGAUAGUUAUAUUUCCCCGCGAAAUAUUUUUACUGAAUCAUGGAUGUGGGACGACAUCAAGCAAGUUGGAGCAAAUGGCCAAUUAACCGUGCGAGACUAUGCACCGGACACACUAACCAGCUGGGAAAUAACCGCAUUUGCACUUCAUCCCGAAAAUGGUCUCGCUAUUCUAGAAUCACCGAUUGCGCUCAAGACUUUCAAACCAUUCUUCGUCAUGAUGAAUCUUCCAAACUCGAUCAAAAAGAGCGAGAUCGCCGUCAUCGAGGUUAGCUUGUUCAACUAUCUAGAAGAAAUGGUCUAUGUUGGUGUGACAUUGAAAAACACUCGGCAAGAGUUUGAACUUGUGGACAAUCACGGUCGAAAGGAUGCCAGCUAUCAAGCAAUCAAUGUGGUUGUUCCUCCGAAUUCAGCUAAAAGCACGAAGUUCUACAUUAAACCCAAAAAGAUGGGUAACAUUCUGGUGAAAGUAAUUGCUGCAGCAACUGAAGGAUCCGAUUCGGUUGAACGACUGCUUCGGAUUACUCCGGAGAGCUUGCCAUACCAGAAUACAAUCAAACGAUUUAUUCAAGUUGAAAAUUCAACACAACAAUUCAAGAACAUAAAAAUGAUAAUUCCACAACAUUUGGAUGCAGGUUCUGAGAAAAUUAAUUUCACCGUAUACGGUAAUUCGCCGAGUCUAGAAGUGAAGAAUCUAGCCAAUCAGAUUAGUCAACCAUCAGGCAAUGGAGAGCAGAAUAUUAUUCAAAUGAUUCCCAGUGUGGUUCUCUUGGAUAAUAUUGCUCACACUAAGUCUUAUGAUGAGUCCACAAGAAAAAUGGCUCAGCGCUAUGUAGAAAUGGGAUAUCAAAACCAGCUCAAGUACAAACGAAAUGACGGAUCAUUUAGUUUGUCUGGAAAUAAAGAUAGUUCUGGAAAUGUUUUCUUGACAGCAUUGGUAGUCAAAACUCUGAAGCAAGCCUCGGGUUUCAUAACAGUGGAUAAUAAAGUUAUCGAGAUGGCUUUCGACUGGCUUCAGAUGCAACAAAACAGUGACGGAUCUUUCAACGAGUGUCCGCAAAAGCAAAAUAAUGUACUGCAGCUGAAUCAUCGAAACAUAGUAACUCUAACCGCAUAUGUUUUGAUUGCCUUUUUGGAAAACCAGGAAGUUGCUAGGAAAUACGAAACUGUAAUUUCCAAAGGAGUUAAUUAUCUGCCAACUAACUAUAACGAGUUUGACUCCAUGUUCAAACUCUCUUUGGUUGCUUAUGCACUAAAAUUGGCAAAUCACACCAGAAAGCAGGCCGCCUUUGAGGAGUUGCUGCUAAUAUCCAAAAAUGACUACGCACAAUCAUUCCGCUGGUGGGAAGCAGGACCAGUCAGUAUCGAUACCACAGCCUAUGCUUUAUUAACAAUGCUCGGUGUUGGUAAUUUGCAAGAUUUGGAACCCAUUUUUAACUGGUUAGCUAGCAAACAGUACUAUUAUGGUGUAUACGAAAAUCCGCAAACAACCUUCGUUGGCCUGCAAGCUAUGUCCGAGUGGGCCAAAAAAAUGUCCCCUUCCCGAAACUCCUACGAGGUUACAGUAAAAUAUGGGCCAACACAAAAGUCCACAAUUGCAAUAAAUCCACUAACAACACUUACACCUCAAAAGCUUAUGUUACCUCACGAUAUUCGAACUAUCGAUGUGAUCAUUAGCGGAACUGGCAUUGGGGUUUUCGAGCUCGAGUAUAGCUAUUUUUCCAACAUCUUGAAUAUGCGCCCUCGGUUCGCUGUAACGGUUGAAACAUUGGAUGCAAGCCAGCACUACCUGGAUCUAAGGGUUUGUGCCAAGUUUUUACCCAAAGAGGCAUACGAAGAAACCGAUCUGGUUCUUAUGGAAAUCAUUUUUCCCAGUGGGUAUAUCGCUUUGGACGAUUCGGUUGAAGAGUUGGAAUCGUCGGAGAUAGUUCGAAAAGUUGCAACCAAACACGGGGAUACCUCAUUGUUGCUGUAUUUCGAUUCGCUUCCCAUCCACUACCAAUGUUUGAACGUGACGGGUUUCCGAGAAAAGGAUGUUCUGCAGCAAGUUCCCGGAUCCGUGAGGAUAUUUGACUUCUACGAUAACUCUCGUGUUGCCAUAGCGCAUUUCGAUGGAAAGGAGCUAACAGUGUGCGAUAGUUGUGACGAUGACUGAUCAACUCAAAAAACAAAUAUAAUCAGCAAAUCAACACAUAUUUUCGAACGAUUUUUUUCCAUGAUA